CAAACGCCAUCUAUCGUCUUCAAUCAAGCUUUCAAGUACUUUGACUUUCAUUAACUGUAACCAUAUGGCAAUUACGACAGCCAUUUGUUGCUGUCAAUCCAUAUGUUUAUAUUCAAAAUUCGGGCUGAAAAAUAAACAGUACUGAAACGCAGGUCAUCAUAUUUAUUUUGGCGUUGGAGGACUUUUUUUAUCAAGGAUUUUGUAAUCUUACAAAUUAAAAAAACAUUUCUUGGUAAAAGAAUUUUAAUUCUGAGAAAUUGAGGUUGUUAAUUAAAGAAAAUGGAAGAAAAAAACGCAGAUUUGUUGCCGACACCAGCGGCAAAGAAAAACAGCAAAUUUAAACGAGAGUACCCUUUCCCGAUUGUAACAAGUGAAUGUAAAGAAAAUGAAUCAGAUCCCAACUGGAAAAUAGCAGAAGGUUAUUUAGAAGGUAACUGCGUACUAGUUCAUGACGAGGAAUGCAUGAAAAGGUUGUAUUGUAUGGGAUUUUUUGGGAAAGGAACGUUAUCAAAAAAUGCUCCUAGAAUUUGCUUGCAGAAGGAGACCACAGAAUCUGAAAAACAAAUGCCAGGAUGUGCAACAACAAGUAGUCAAGUGGAAGAUAUAAUAGAUGUUGUUGACAGUGAUGAUGAAGACUCAAAAUCAAAAAAGUUAAAAACAAGUGAUGAAGAUGAAAUUUUAAUCUGUGAUGAUUCAUCUAAUAAUGAUGAUUGUGAAAAAGUAAAUCGUUCAAAGCAAUCCGAACCAGAAGUAAAAGAAAGUUUACAACUUACUUUUCAGGAGGCAUAUUACUUAUCGUAUGCUUUAGGAUGCUUGCUUGUCAUGGACAAAGACAAGCCCUUAAAUCUGGCAGUAUUAUGGACCAAGUUCUGUGAACUGACACCAUCUGGAAAUUUUCCUGUUAUGUACACUGCAUAUCAUCAUUUUAGAAGUAGAGGUUGGGUUGUUAAAAGUGGUCUGAAGUAUGGGACUGACUAUGUUUUGUAUAAAGAUGGUCCUCCUUUUUAUCAUGCGACUUAUUCCGUAAUUGUUCGAGCUUUGAAAGAGAACCUUAAAGAAGCCAGAGGCAAUAGAGUAUUAACCUGGGGCUCUAUGGCUGCUUUAAAUCGAGUGAAUAACACUGCUGGCAAGGAGAUUAUAUUCUUGUAUGUUAUAAAGCCAAAUGAUAUGCCAGAGAGCAUCUAUUCCACCCCUGCUUGUGUUGCAGAAUUCAAAUUAGAGGAAGUACUCUACAAACGAUGGGUUGCAUCAGAGAACAGAGAAGAAAAUGACCCAUAAAAUCUCUCAUCAGUUGCAAUAUAAAAUAGUUGCAAUUGAUUUCUUUGUAAAUGUUCAUUUUGCAUGUACUUCAAUUUAUUCCAUUGAUCAUCAAAAAUCUGUUUUUUUUUUUUGUACAUAUGUAUGUAAAGAUCUCUGAACCCCCACUUAUCAUUAAAAAAUAAUGUUCAUUUAUGUUCAUAUACCUUUUUAGUUCCUUUUGAUUCUCAUUUUUUUCCCUCCCUACUACUUAAUCAUAUAUUCUCUUAUAAUCAAGCACAAAUGUGACAUUUGAUUGACUCUGCCACUUCAUUUUCAAAGUUUUCAUUUCUGUUAUGAAAUUUCUUAAAACAGUAUCAUAUUGUACAUACCUAUUCAGUAGAUGAUCUAAAUAUAUGUUAAAAGCAUCCUUUUGCAGUUUUUUCAUAUACAGCUAAAUUCUGUGAAUGUCAUCCCUUUAUAUGUAUUUUAACAAUUUGAAAUAGUGAAGAAAAAUAAUGAAAAAAAAAAAAAAAAUUAUGAUCACAUAAAAUUAAAGAGCAAAUACUAACUUUGAAGUAGUAUGUAAAAUAAACAGAAUCAAAUAAAUUUCCCAAACUGCUACCAACGUUUACAGGUAGGGAAAACAAAACAAAAACAAAAGUAUUUAUUUUUGCCUCUGUUUAAUAUUGUAAAAGAAAAAUUGCCAAUUUUUGAAAUAUUUCUUCUCUAAUGGAAAGAAACAUUUUCUUUAUGCCAUUUUGUUCAAGUGAGGGUGAAAAUGACAAAAUAAUUUUUGUUGUUUUAUUCAAUAUCUAUACAUCUCUAAUUAAUAAUUUAAAAUGUAAAAUUAAUGGCAUUUUAUCAUUUUUGAUAAAUGUGUUUUUCCCUCAUCCAAUAAAAACCGUCAAAUACUUCUUAUUAAAAAUAAUUUAUCCCCAAAUAAUGUCUUUAAUCAUGAAAUUUAUGAAUAAAAAGCAUAUUAAACUAACUAUUACACAUUUAAUAAAAUCCAUAUGCGAAGAAUGGUAAUUGUAUUUUGCUAAAAUUAAGUAUGGAGCUUUUGUGUAAAGGAAAUGAAUAUGUUUACAAAAUUGCUUGGCCCUUUUUUUUUAUGUAUAUAUUUUAUGUAUAUGCAUUUAUAUAUAAUAAUUUUAUCUGAUAAACUUCUAUGCUGAUUUUGUUUUCCUAGGAAGGGAUGUAUUAUAAGAGAAUUUUAUAUCAAUAUCAUAAUCAAUAAUUAGGUUUGAUUGAAAAACUGUCAGUGGCUAUAUCCCUGCUGAAUAAUAUAUAUUUAUAUAAAUAUUAAAUUGGCGUGGAAAGUUUGUAUCAAUAUGUAUGAUAUGAAACAUGUAGAAUUUUUUUUUUUUUUUUGAUAGUAACAUACUGUUUUAAAAAUAUUCUCAAUUCAACUGUAUUUCUGUCUUUAAGAUAUUAUAAAAAAAUGAAAUGUUAAAAGUUUGAAAGACUCUUCCAUCUCAUGUUUUUGAAAUAACUUCAGUAUCAAUUUGAGAUAAAGCCUGUAUAGCAUUCUUAUCUCAUGAGUUUUAAUUUAAUUUAAAGUAUUUGAUACUGCUUGUAUCCCCUGUGCUUUUCAACUUAAACAAUUUUUUGGAAGUUAUCCCAUUUUUAAAAUGAAAUGAAAAAUGUUUUCUACUUUUUAUCCUUAUUGGAUGGAAAUAUAUUAAUCCAUGUAACUAUAUAUUAAUCUAUACUAUAUAAUCAAUAUAUUAAUCAAUGUAAUGAAUACAGACUAGGAACUUGUCUUUUUAUAAAAAAACGUAUUUUAUCUUCAGUUGACAUUAUGGAAAAUUCAUUUCAAAACAAAAGUUAGUAGUAUCCGGUGAAAUUUUUUUGCUAAAAUCAAAACUCAGGCUUGCUGUGUAUUGUAUAAACCUAUUAUUCCCAACUUUUAUUUACUCUUGUAUUCUUUGAUUAGUCUUUUUAUUUUUAGUUAUUAUUGGCCAAACCCCUGACUAUCAUAUCCACCCCCAAACUCUCUCCAAAUAUUUGUUGAGGCUAAGAACUUUUUCUGUUAAUGUUAAGAUUAUUUAUUAUCAUUUGUAUUUUGAUUUGUUAUUUAGUAUUGCACUUUAUUAUUAAAAAGUUUAGGUUAUCACCAGUGUUAAACAAUUUGAAUUCAUUAAUAAAUAUUUUUAAGUUUUA